AUGCCACUACAAUUAAAUACUAUUCCUGAAAUACCCUUAAUCGUUCAUACCCUAAAUAAUAUAUUUGGCUUAUCAGAUAUUCUCCAUCUUGAGAUCUCCUCGUCGUUUAUGGCGGCUGAUGAACCACGGUUGUUAUCGACCGCUACUAUGAUAUGUUUGGUGUCUCACGACACAAGCCAUCUUUUGAACCCUUCGAUUGCGGUAGAUGUUGCUUUUGUAAGCGGAAGUAGUUGGAUCUGGACUCGAGCUUCGGCGAUUGGAGGUGGGCGAUCUACAAGCACGAUUAAUUUGGAUGAGAAAACUCCGAAGACGGCGGCGAAUUCGAAAAGAACUGAGAACUAA